GCGCCGGGCUGCCCCCUGCCCAGUCCUCUCAGGCCGCCAGGCCCCCUCCAGCCGGGGCCGUGGAGCACCGGGGCAAAGGCCGGGGCCCCCCCAUGAAGGAGCGCGACGCGGCCCCGGCCGAGCGGGGCAAGCCGGCCACCUACACCGGGGACAAGAAGGCGAAGAUGGCGGCCAAGACCAACAAGAAGUGGGUCCGACUCGCCACCGUGUUCGCCUACGUGCUUUCCGUGUCGCUGGCCGCCAUCGUGCUCGCCGUCUACUACAGCCUCAUCUGGCAGCCGGUGGGCGCCGGGACCUCGGGGGGUGCCGCCGCCCCGCCCGCCGGCGGCUCCAACGCCACCGGCCCGUCUGGGACUUCGGGGGCAGCGGCGGCGGGGCCCAACACCACCGGGUUGUCCCGCCGCGAGGCACCGCGCGCUGCACCCCCGCUGCAAGCGGCGCGGCCGGUGCCUCCGGAGCCCCCGGUAGACAGCCCCCAGGCCGGGCCGCUCGAGCGGCCGCGUGGGCCGGACGAGGAUGAGGAGGAAGCGGCGGCGGCGCCCCGGAGUAGUUGAGCCCAUCCGCGCUGGGGGCGUCCGGAAACAAUUCUCCCCAAGCCCGGAGGCAGGACUAUACAGCAGGAUGAGGCAGGGAGCCCGCGGGAGUGACCCCCACGAGAGUGAACGCGCCCCCUACACCCCUGCGAUCACAGGCUCGCCCCGGGAGUGGCCCGCAGCCGAUCUUCAGCCAAGGGACCACGAUUCGCCAGGGACUCGGGGUUUGGUCUUCCCAGGACCGUGCUGUGCCAGGGCCCUGAGCCAUAGGGGCGUGGGGGGAGGGGUGGGGAGAUCCCAGCACCGAACCCUUCUGCGGCGCUAGCUCUGGUGUAUCCUAUGUGCCAGGGUGACUCGGGCUUUCCCCCAAGACUCAGGGGAAGGAGGGAGCUGUAGGGGCUCUUUUUUUUAAUAAUCUGAAGCUCUCGCAAGAAGGAGGGCAGCAGAAGUAGUGGAGCUCAGGUACGUCAACCUAGUUGCAGUGGCCAGAGAUGCAUUUAAUUUAUAGAUCCCUGUAUAUAGUUGUUGACAUAUGCACUAGAAGCUAUAAUCACAUAGAACUCUGUGUAUGCUCCCACACACUGGGUAGCUGCUGACUGCUCGGGUCAAGCAAGGGCUAUUUGCUGGCCCCUAAGUGCACCUAGCCAGAAGGGCAUAGGCACGGCUUUUUUCAUCACCCUCUCUUUCCCCGUCCCCCUUCUGUUUCUGAAAGAUAAGUUUAUGACAUUCUUACACAAGAGUAUAAUCGUUCUUAGACUGUUCACAGUGGAAAACCUUAGGCAAAGUAGAAACAGUUUAGGGAGGAUGAGGAAUGUACUGAUCCCCUCCUCUUCCCACCCUUGUGUCCCCACCAAAAAGGCUUCCUGUUGCAGCCCUAAGUAUCUGGAUAUGGGCCAGGGAGGAAGGAAGGGAAAGAGCAAUGCUGCUAUGCUUCAAUCCUGGCUUUCCCUGCACAGAAUUCUUUUAGGAAGAACAAGCUUUUGUAAGUAGAGUGACUGGCAAGUGUUUUAUCUUUUUUUUUUUUUUCCUGCUCCUCAAGAUCUUGUCUUGUUCCAGUAAUCACCUUUGCCUUCCAUCUUUCCUGAGCCUUUAGUGACAAAGCAGCCCUGUGACUGGGAUGAAAUCUGUUGUGACACCAGAGCUUUGAUCACGGGUCCUCUGGUUUUGAGUUAUACUGCAGAAUCAGAAAAGCUGGAAGGUGGGCUUCAAACUCAGGAUUGUGCUUUGAGAGCCAGUUAAUAGGGCAGCCAUGGGAUGGUUGAACUGGCUCGUCUUUACCUUUCCUGAUAAGCCGUACUUAAAUGCAGCCUGUAAUUUUUAAAGGAAAAGAGAAACGUUAAGAGAAAUGACAUACGUAUAGCUCUGGGGCAUCAAGAAUUAUACUUCUUCAAUUUUGAUUCCAUUUCCUUCUGCCACUUGCUUUUAGGCAAUUGAAUGUGGGUAGUGAUGAGAUAUCAAACCCCUUAGUGCUUCCUUUUUGAGAAAUGAGGCACUUUUUAAAAAAAAAAAAAAAAAAGACAAAAAACUUACCCACCUGAGUCCUGAAACAGUUUGUCUCUCCAGUUUUCUUGCCUACACUCUGGUUAGCUCUGAUCCAAGUUUACAGGACAAUAGCCUUGUUUUAAGCCAUGUCCUGUUGUGGGCAAGAUAAUAGCAAUUGAGCUGUCACAGCCUACCAGCAGGCUCACAGCACCUCCAAGUUCUCUUGGCUAGAGAUUUCUUAGCAGCUGACUAGGACUUUAAUCAUUAGGAAGCCCAUGAGGCCUUUAAAUUUUUGGUGGGAGACUGGGGGAAAAAACAUAAAAUGCCACUUUAUAACUUCAAUAAUAGCCUGUAAUUUAUAUUUACUGUGUGAAUUUUUAGUCCUAUAUUUUAAUAAUUUAUAAAUUGAUCUCUUAUUCCAAGAAUCCUUUGAACUCAUAUGAGAAUAUCUGGGAGUCCAAUCCCCUGUCCCCUUCCUGACCCCUGCUUUCUGGACUGUUUAAAUCCACUUUGGGAUGGAUCAGAGAGUCUAGAGAGAGCACUCGUGGGUCCAGCUGCUGGCCUCCGGACUCUCUAAAGCCUUCACUGGAAUUAGGACAUUUGGUCUAGCCCUAGCUGUGAACAUGACCAGAGACAUUAUUUGUAAUUCAGCCAUUUAAGAUAUUCCUGUACUCAAAAAGUCCUGUAUAUUUUUUAAAAGUUUUAUUUUUCAGGUGAACAAAAAUACAUUCUAAGAACUCUGCCUAA